AUGGGCGGAGGUUCAGAAUUCCCAACCAACAAUCACGCUUCUAAUUAUUUUCAACAACACCCUUCACAACAGCACCCUCUCUCUAUACCGCAAUUUCAUCAGCCAUAUUAUUCAAGUCCACCAUUUCCAUCUUUUCAAAAUAAUCUUCAUCUCUUUAAUCAACCUCCUUGGAACACAACGAACUCCCCUUCCAUUCGAUCCGUAGAUAACUUCUCCAGUCUUCCUAGCGCUUCUCCAUCAUUGCCAGCAUCCUCCUCCAAUGAUUCUUCUUGUUUUUACUCCAUCCCAAGCAUCGACAAUGACCAAUCUCAUCCUCCUUUUCAUCCCAGAUCCAACGUAGUGCUUAAUCAACUCUUCCACAACAAUGAACACCAAGAUUUCUACAACCCCUCUCGAGAGAAUUCCUUCAUGUCCACGAGUGAUAGCAGCCUUGUUUUACCUGAAUCGUCUUUAUCAUCUUCAACACAAGUUCAACCCUUGCAUGGAACUCUCCCAAAAGAAGAAAAAAAGAUUCCAACCUCUUCCACGAAUGACGACCAUAAUCUCCUGAUCCAUUUUUACGGGAACGACGAACCCAUCAUCUUCAUCAAGAAGAUUGGGCAAGGGGGAUUCGGGUCUGUGUAUCAUGUUCGUACCCAAGCACAAAAAGCAAUGAGGAACAACUACAAUCAUCUUCAGUACAAAGAAGAAGAAGAAGAACAUCGAGAAUUUGCAUUAAAAGUCCUCAAAGAUCAAAACGUUUCUUUAAACGAGAUUAAGCGUAGGUUUGAACAUGAACAUAUUCUUCCGAUGAGAGCCAAGAAACCCCCACUCACCAUUGAAGUCGAGAAAAUUAAUAAUCAAUUUCCUGGACAAGUGAGUGUCUUGUGCAUUGAGAGUCCUUACAUGAGGCUUGGUUCUCUACAGCAGAAGUGCAAAGAACUUUCAGAAAAAACCCUCUGGCUUAUCCUUCAACAAAUAUCAUCCGCUUUGGCCUACAUGUACACGAUUGAUAAGUGUCUUCAUCGAGAUGUAAAACCAGAGAAUAUUCUUAUUAAGGAAUAUGAUGAAUCGACGGGUGAUAUCCACGUGGUGUUGGGAGAUUUUGGACUUGUUCGUUCAGAGGAUACAAUUUCCUCAUCGAACAAGAGUGGUACUCCUUCCUAUGCCUCGCCAGAAAGAGAAUAUUCGAAUGAUUCUGACAUCUUUGCUUUGGGUGUCACAAUGUUCAAGCUAAUUACAGGAUUUUCAAAGAUAGAUGACAAGACAUUUUCUGAACAUUAUCAAACCAAGAACGAUCUUUCUGAGGAGAUUAAAAGACAAAUUGGGAAUAGAGUGAGCAAAUCCAUGAUAGACAUGAUCAUUCAAUUGACUCGAAAGAAAAGGCCAAGAAUUUCAUAUCAAGAAAUUCAAGAAAUUUGUAGAAACAAUUUAUUACGACAUGAAAAGGUCAUUCCUGUGUCUUCCACGUCUCUAUCACUGGAAGAAGAUGAUCCCGAUCUGAAUGAUCUUACUGAAAGAGCUCAAGCCAUGUCUAUUUCAAACAAUGAGUUGUGUACUCAAUCCAAAGCUUAUGAAUACAAGUUACAACGAGAUGGCCCUUUUGUAAAUAGAAAUAAUUCCGUUCGAAUCGUUUGCUCAGAAGAAUCACUAAAGAAUAUUGAAACUGUUGAGCUAAAAAUUGAGCAUAAUGGAGCACAUGUUGAAACACAUACUUACAUUAAGAAGAAAGUUAAAGAGGAAUCAAAAACCGAUCGUGGACUUGUGACUGCAAGCAUUUAUGGUAGCUCGCAUUUACCGAAAAACAGAAAGCAAGGUGGUCCCUUCAAAAUUAUUUUGAUUGUUAAUAAUGCACAGGUUGACAGUGCAGAUUAUAAAUAUCUUUAG